AUGUACUCCACAACACCUCAGAAUGUUGAUGUCUUGAUAGUGGGAGCUGGGCCCGCGGGUGUGAUGGCGGCUCUAUCGCUGCUCAAGUGCGGCGUACAGGACAUCAAGCUAGUCGACUUCGCGCCCAAGAAGACUGUUGGAUAUGCGGACGGCCUCAUGCCGCGUACGCUCGAAGUACUCCGGAGCUACGGCGUUGACAAGAAACUAUUCGAGGUUGCUAGUCACAUACACCGUGUCUCUACUUGGAACUAUGAUCACGCUACGAAGAGCCCGAAGUUUGCGGUCCGCAUGCCCGCAGUCCCUGAACCCACCGCUCGUUAUCCAUUCAUUCUCGGGAUCCCCCAAGGCUCUAUUGAGUCUUUCAUGCUAGAACCGCUUAACGCCCGGGGUACCUUCGUUGAGCGUCUGUAUUCUCCAUCUGACCUCGAGAUAUCAUCCGAUCAGAAGGCGCUACUGGAUCCAAGCGCGCAUGCUGUCACUGUUACGCUCAGGUCCGAAGACUCAGAGAAGCCGCCACAAGUUGUCCGCGCAAAGUUUGUGUUGGGCGCUGAUGGCGCGCAUUCGGCUGUCAGACGGCUAGCGGGUAUUAAGAUGGAAGGGUCGCAAACCCCUCACGUCUGGGCUUCAAUUGAUUUCCUCCCCUCGCCCGAGUCUAACUUUCCGGACUGGCGCAACAUCACCACUGUUGACGGGGAUGGCGUGAACAUUCUAUCCAUUCCUCGCGAAGACAAUCAAGUCCGCUUAUACAUAGAGCUUGGGUCCGAAGAAGGUUUCAUCAACCCGCAAACUGGGCGCGUGGACUUAUCACGAUGUAGCGCCGAACAGCUUCUCUCGAUCGCGAAGAAGGUCUUUCACCCAUACGUUAUGGAACCUGCCUCUAUGAGUGACGUGAUAUGGUGGACUGUGUAUGGCAUUGGCCAGCGAGUUGCUGACAAGUUUUCCGUGCACGAACGGGUCUUCAUAGCUGGGGAUGCUUGCCAUACGCACUCACCAAAGGCUGGCCAAGGAAUGAAUACCAGUAUCAAUGAUGCUCACAACUUCGGGUGGAAGUUAGCAUACGUGCUGCGCGGUCUUGCACCGCUCUCAUUCAUGAAGACGUAUGAACUGGAGAGGCGAGCGUUUGCACUGGAGCUCAUCGAGUUCGACAAGUGGUACGCUGAGGGGUUUUCGUCCAAGGCACGGAUCAAACUACAAGAAGAGACUGGCGUUUCCCUUCCAGGCCCGUUCGAAGCUUUCAUUGCGGCAUCAAACCUGACGAGUGGAUGCGGUGUGCACUACAUGCCAUCUUCUAUCACAGCUGAACAAUCAUCCGCUGCUUCUGGACUGGUGGUCGGGAAGCGUCUUCUCCCACAGAUGCUACUCCAUUCCGCGGACCAUGCUCCCGUCGAAAUUCAAGACUUAUGCCCUUCCAAUGGUCGCUUCACGUUGUUUGCAUUCGUUGGUAACUUGGACACGCCGGAGAAGAGGGAACACCUCGCAGCGCUGGCUUCCGAAGUAGAAGAAGCGUUGGACCCCUUCCCGGGCAAUCUUAUCACGACUUUCACCGUGGUCAAGACGAUGAGCGACGCCUACACCUAUCUCGACCUACCUUCGUAUAUGCGCCCCGACUGGACUAGCGUGCUUGAAGACGCUCAUGGGCCACCAGACGCUGGAAGGGCCUAUGAUGUGUACGGCAUCAGCGAUAGCGGCGCAUUCGUUGUCGUGCGUCCGGAUGGCUAUGUCGGUCUCACAGCCUCAAUGGAUAGCGUGACGUCCUUAACUCGGUACUUUGGAGGAUUUCUACAAAAGACCGACAUCGAAGCCCAUGUCUAA